AUGUUCCGAAAAUUGAUUGUUGCAUCACUGGUAGUUUCGCUGGUCGUGGCUCUCCCACAGCGAUCCCAGUCCCGCAGUGGAGGCGGUGGUGGGGGUGAUGAUGCCGGUGCAGAAACGCUAGCACAGGACACGGUGAUCAAUGCGGACGGUUCGUACACGUACAACUACGAGACGAGCAAUGGUAUCAGUGCGUCCCAGGCAAGCAACGACGGUACGAACGCGAACGGAAACUUCGCCUUCACGGCACCGGACGGUCAGCGGUACGAGAUUGUGUACGUUGCCGACGAGAACGGAUUCCAGCCGCAGGGCGCUCAUCUGCCUACGGAACCGCCAGCACCCGAUCACGUAAUCAAGAUGCUGGAGGAUAUGCGUGCCAACCCGCCAGAGGGCGCCGAUCUUGAUUCGCUCGAUGCUACCCUGAACCGGCUGCGUGCCACCCUUGGUUAG